AUGCCUUGCGCACCACUUCCAGAAUACUCGACCAAAUGCGCCGCCAUACGUGACAAUGCGCUCCGAGCAGCGGUAUCGGACGAAGGUCAGCAGACACCGGGAGUGGAAAUGGACCAGAUAGCCUGCUUACGCUUCGCAGGCGGUAUUACACCCUUGCUGACGUGUUUCCUGCCUGCUCUACGAGCAGACGAACCGUUCCAGAUCUCGGUGCACAACUGGCUUGCUCAGCCAUCUUUCGGUUAUGAACGUACGAUCGGAAAUGGAUCCAGCAAGCAGGUCUGGCAGGUCAGGAUCGACAUUGAUGGCACCUGCAUAGCUGUCGAGCGAUACGUAGCAGGUGUGGUUUGGCCGCAGAUCAUCUCUUGCGCCACCCAGAACCUGGGUCUGUUUCCUAUUCACGGGUUGGUACCUUUACGCUUCCCGCCAUUUUAUCACAGCGUUACGCAGACCAACGUCUGGGAUCCGGCCGAUGAGACAGGCCGCAUCAUGGUCGAGCUCUCUGAAGGUUGUGUCGAUUACGUAGACGGCCAUGAGCACUUCACGAAACUCAAGAACUAUGCACUUUUCAACUUCCAGCCUGCACCAGUUGAAGUCUUGCAACGAGCGGGUAUCGCAUGGCCCAAUCCAGCAAUGUUUGAACAUCCACUCCCGCCUCGACCGGUCUCCCUGCGACAACAAUACAAUUUGGGAAUGAUCCCCGGGGAGAUGGCUGGAGAUCACAACGACCUGGCUCACCAGCGAAACAUGAGCUUGGCCAGCACGGCCAGCAGUCACUUGUCGUCUCCGUUCUUCUCUAGCAGCGCUGCCAUGCCCGGUCCACCACCACCCACACCUGCGACGAGCAUGACAUACGGGUUGAGCUCAGGAAGUGUCUGCGAUGAGAGUAGUCGUUCAACUUCAGCUUACUCCACCAUUCCAUAUUCCUCGCUACCCAUGCCGCACGACCAGCUGGGCCCAAUGGUCAGCAUACACGCGCCCUCAGGUGCUGUGCGGACCAUCCUCAAUACUGUCAAUGUUUCCAACGCCAAUCGCACUCUGUUUCCCAAUAUCCCUACUGGGUUUCAGGAGGACAGCAGUAUGCCGCCACCCCCAUUGCCACAACACGUAUUGGACGCCAAGCUAGAUGGAAAUCCUGAUCGCCGCGCCGUCACUUGCCCCGAUCUCCACUUGAUAUCUCAGCAGGAGCAACUUGCAUCGAAGCGGCGCAUAGAAUCUCGGUCGAAUGAGUCUGACGUGUCUAUGCAUGCAAGCUGCACGAGCUAUCCGAAUUGCACCUCCGAGGACGCCAAUGGCCACAUUCUUCAUUGCCCGCCGGCCGCUGUCCCAGGUCGAAACGAAKGGGACACUGUUAGCAAGACCGAUGACCGAGAUUACAUGUCAAUCGUCCUGAGUCCGCUCGUCGAAGAGGCCAGCGGCAACAACGCAGCACCACCCGACAGCAAAGAGCCGCCCAAAUUGUCAACAUCCAGCCCGGCGAACAGCAGCGGCAAAAAACGCACACGUGCCGCCACCCGCGCUCUUCUCAAUGUCAAUGGCAACGGUUCACCCGAGAAGACCGAAAAGGCCGUGGAAACCACACAACCAGCCAGCAAGGUCAGUAAAGUUUCGGUCAGCUUUUGCUCCAAAGAGCACCUAUAG